UUUAUUUUAUUUCAAAUAGUGUUAGUAAAGUGUAAACUUAAUUUAAGUAAUGUUUUUUUCUUUUUAAUUAUGUAUUAUUUUAUGUACGUUACUAUUCAUAUUCAUGAGAACAAAUAUGUAUUCAAGUAUCAAGUAUCCAUGUUAUAUUAAUCAACGAACAAUGGCAUUAAUGAAACAAAGGAAACAGGUGAUCAAAUCCCAGAUAAACUUUCAAUCAAAAUUAAAGGUAGUAGGAAGUGGUGCACUUGGAACUCCAUCUGCUAUAUACCUUCUAACUGAUCACAUUAAUCAUUUAUUUAAUUGUGGAGAAAGUAUUCAACGUUUAAGUCAAGAACAUCAAUGUAAAAUAUCUAAAUUACAUCAUAUUUUUAUAACAAGCUCUUCUUGGAGAAAUGUUGGAGGUCUUCCAGGCAUGCUUUUAACAGCACAAGCUGGUGGUUUAACAGAAAUAAAUAUUCAUGGUCCUGUGGGACUUGAUAGUUUUGUGAAAACAACAAAAUUAUUUAUAAACUUACCAGAUCUAAAAAUCAAUUUUAAUUCUAUUACUGAAUUUAAGACAUAUAGGAAUAAAGUAAUGCAAGUUACAUAUGUUCCUAUAGUAAAAUCUGCAGAAGAUAUUAAAGACAGUUCUUCAAAUUUAGUAGAUACAAAUUAUAUAAAUGUAAAUGGUAAAAGAGUUAUUGAUAACAAAGAAGAAGAAAACAUGCAAGGAGGAAAAAAAAUAAAAAUCAAUCCACGUGUAAUAUGUUAUAUUUGUGAUAUUCAUCCGAAACAAGGAAAAUUAUUGAUAGACAAGUGUAUAGAUUUUGGUAUACCACCUGGACCACUUUUGCAUAAAUUAAAAUCUGGACAAGAUGUAACUAAAGAAGAUGGAACAAUUGUUUAUAGUAAAGAUGUAGUAGAUCCAGAAAAACCCAUAACCACCUUUAUAGUUGUAGAAUGUCCUACACGAGAAUAUUUAGAUUCUCUUGUAAAUGAUCCUACCCUUUUAAUGUAUCAGCGGAAAGAAUUAAUGAAAGAAGAUGUAUUUUGUAUAUUUCAUUUUACUCCUGAAAAAGUAUUUACUGAACAACGUUAUCAAGAUUGGUUAAAUGCAUUUGGGUCAAACACUCAACAUAUAAUAUUAAAUGAUGAAAAUACUUGUAUGGGUAGUGAAGCUGUUUAUAAGAAUCAAUAUCUGUUAAACAUGUUACAUUCUGAAUUAUUUCCUUUACUGAAAGUAGAUAAUUUUCAAAAGGAUAAAGAGACUAACAAUGAUGCUAUCCACCGUGCUAGAGGAGGACAAGUACUAUGCAUACGUCCAACAACAAGUCAUUUAAUAUAUGAUAGAUUUUAUAAUAAACCACAAAUAUAUAUUGAUGAAAUUUUAAAAAUUCCCACCUUUCCGGACGUUUUAAAAGAAUUAAAAACAAAUAUUGAAGAAAAAUCAAGAGAACUUAAUUUGAGUAAUAAUCUAGAUUAUCCUCGAAUUGUGAUGUUAGGUACUGGUUGUAGUGUACCAAAUAAAGUUAGAAAUACUAGUGGUAUUCUUGUAAGAGUUAAUAAAGAUACUAGUAUUCUAUUGGAUUGCGGAGAAGGUACCCUUAGUCAAAUUAUUAGAUUUUAUGGAAUUUCAGAAGGUAUCAACAUAUUAUGUACUAUUAAGGCUAUUUAUAUAUCACACAUACAUGCAGAUCAUCAUCUAGGUCUUAUUGGUUUGUUACUAAAAAGAAAAAUGGUCACAGAUGAAGUAUUGUACUUAUUAACACCAAAAUGUAUAAUGCCAUGGUUCAAUUUCUACAAUGAUCGGUUUGAAUCUAUCACAGAACAAUAUACCAUAGUGGACAAUAAUUCUUUCUAUCAAAACUAUCAUACAUUUUCUUUAAUAUCUGAAAUUGAACUUUACCAUAAAUUGGAUAUUAAAGAAAUAAAUACAAUAUUUGUUAAGCACUGUAACCAAUCAUAUGGUAUUGCUAUUACUCUUAAAGAUAACAAAAAAAUUGUUUAUAGUGGUGAUACUGUAUUUAGUAAAAAUCUUAUACAAUUAGGACAAAAUUGUGAUUUAUUAAUUCACGAAGCAACCAUGGAAAAUGGUCUUGAAGACUUAGCAAAUCGAAAAUUUCAUUCAACAACUUCGGGAGCAAUAAAAGCUGGAAAACUAAUGAAUGCAAAAUUUAUUUUAUUAACACAUUUUAGUCAGCGUUAUGCGAAAAUUCCUUCUAUUCCGGAAAACGAAACAGCUGUUGGAGUUGCUUAUGAUUUUAUGGAACUUACAUUGUCGAAUUUACAAUUAUUACCUCUAUUAAAUCCAUGUUUAAAAGUAAUGUUUAAUGAAUAUAAUAAAGUAAUGAACGAUUAA